AUGUCUACGGCACGAAGCAUAUUUGCACGCGUGCGUUUCGCCUUUGGCCUGGCUCUUGGAGCUGUGGCAAUAGGCCUUCUAUUCGUGUCCACCUACUUCGGCAGCGUGGUGUGCUGCAUUUGGCUGUUUGUAUGUGGGCGCUGGGUUCUCAAAGCCCAAUCGCAGCCUUUUGGGUUGCCAGUACGCAUCGCUUGUGUGGCCGGAAUCCUGUUGACAACCGCUUUCGUCACGUUGAUUCCAUGGCUGUUCUAUGGCGGGAAGGAAGGCUGCAGCGAGUUUGACACCAGCAUGAAGACCUCGUACGGUCGAACAUUCAAUGACUUCUGGAUUCAACUGUACUUCCGGGGUACUUUAAACUGGCUCGCGGCGAUAAUUGCCAGCUACAUGGUGCUGGCAGACCACCCGGCCUCAGCCUACAUACGACAGUCCGUCAGAUGUGUGCUGUUCUUGUGGCAGAGCCGCGCACUAGGCAGCAUUGGAACGAUGAUCGAAGCCUGCGAGGGUGCCGAUUAUGACAAUGAUGGGCAGCGAGAUUUUGCAUCAACGCACAGCCUUCCGGCGAAAUUGAUUACUCCAUAUGGCUAUGCUGCCGGCUUCAUUGGUGACAUUUGGUGCCUUCAGCUUGUGAUCGAGCGGCUGCUGGCAAUGGAGGAAGCUUUUGGUGAGACUCUGCCCAGGUCAAGAGUUAUCGUGUGGCUAUCUCGCUUCCUCAUUGUUUGGAUAGCUCUUCUUGCAGGGACUGUUUACAUUUCCCGCUUCACCAGCAUGCUGGUGAGCAUGGGUGUGGCUUUGGGUCUUGCAGCCAUUACAGCACUCGUUUGGCUGGCUUACUCGGUUCCCCUAGCAGCGCUGCAGGCAGUCCGAAAGGUGGAUGCUGAGGAUGAAGCCACUGGCCUCUUUCAAACAGAGGCAGCGUUUGCUGCACGCGUGAUUCGCUCAGCCCAAGUAGGCAUGGUUCUGGCUAGCACAUCCAUGGCUUGGCACUUCGCUGCCUACGGAGUUUCCUGGGUGGUCAACACGAAAGAGUGGUCCGAUGCCUACCAGUACGGCCUGUUGGCGGACAGCUUGGGCAACUUGAUGUGCUUGUUCCUCCUGGCUGCAAGUGCGAUGCGGCUGCCCCGGGUGCACUGCAGGUCCAGGAUACCACAAGAGGUCGAAGAGCUGAGACAGGAAGAGGCCUGCACUUGUGGGAGGCAGGUUGGCAAAGCAUUGUCUGGAUCUCCGAACCGGCGCCCCUCGCACGACCAGCCUGACAUCGAGAUGUGUUAUCGGUGCGCUUGGGAUGAGAAAGUUGCUGAGCUGGCCAACCGCCAAAUAUCGGUUGCGGACCUCUUGACAUUCUACAUCCGGCUCGGUAGGUCUGAAGACAAUGAGCACAGAUUGAAGCCUUUGAUGCCCCAUUUCGAUGCAGGGAGGUCCACUACCAAUGACGUGGUGCGCCAUGCCAUAAUCCCCGAGUCUCGUGAUGGCGACCUAGGUUUGGCACUGGCGGACAUCUUGGCACGCAAAAAAUCCCCAGGCGACUACGGCUCCGGCGACUACGGAGUGGGACCUGUGACCACACUGACCUCUGCAGGUGGCGCCUUGACCUCGUCACACCCUCCUCGCAUGGUCACACACCACUGGGGAAACUGCUUCAGAGACCUUGUCGCCGCGGUGGUGGCAGAUGGACUCAGCCUGAGGCGCUGGGACCUAGUCGCAGAGCAGUUGUCAACAGGCCAUGAAGAGGAGCUAAGGGUCAGGCUUCAUGACUGCGGGGCGCUGCAUUGGCACUACUGGAUCUGUGCCAUUUGCAUCAAUCAGCAUGCAAGCAUCUGCGGAAGUUCCAUGGGCGUGCGAGAUACCGUCACCGGUGAUGUCCUCCCAUGCUGCGACUGCAGGACACCCAAGUAUUUCAACGACUGUCCUAUCCUCUGCGAGCUCAACAAGUUUGAUAGUAUGAUGGCAUCGUUACACCAUAGCCACCCAAAUGGCUUCCUGCAAGUGGUCGCGAUCGACAAAAAGUUCCAGCUAUUUUCGCGGGCCUGGUGCGUGGCGGAACUCGUUGAAGCAUACAACAGCCACCUGGAGCAGCACGUGAUGUUGCACUCGCCGGAGGUUCUUGAGCAACAUUCCCGUGAGCUGUGCUCCCUGCACGUCGAGGACUGCUCGGCAUCCAGAGCAGAAGACAAGGAGGCCAUCCUCGCGAAGAUUGGCGAGGAAGCGGAGAUCGCCACCUUCAAUGCGCGCCUACAGAGCUUGCUGCUUGGAUCUGAAGGGCUUCUGGCUGGCUGGCUAGAUGGACAGAAAAUUCUGCAGGAAGUUGGUGCCAUAGCUGCUCGAGCGAAGGCUCGUUCCCGGAUUCAAGAGAGUGGUGAAGUCCUCACCAUAUGA